CUGGAGUUGAAGCUUCAUUCUACACGGGAGGUGCGGGGACAGCAGGCAGCAUCAGUCAGCGAGCGCACAGCAGCAGCAGCAGCCGCCGCAUCCCUCUCCUCCUCCUCCUCCUAGACCGGGGGAGAAGGGGCAUCACCUUGUCCCGGAUUAGAGGGACCCCCUCCCCAUCAUACACAGCGGCAGAAUGGAGGAGGACACCGCACACUGACCCCCCGGAGCAGAAGGCAGGCAGGGAGAAUCAUGUAGACAUGGUACAUUGCACAAAGGAGCCCAAGUGAUUGCAAUGAGCGCUGCCACCUCUAUAGAGAAAUAGGUCAUUGGAUGUGAUUGCUGGAAUCCAGUGCUAAUUCAAGGACUACACCCCUUCAUCACAAGUGUCCCCCCUGCCUGGCUCCAGCUUCAUUCCAUUGCAGUGUCCCAGCACUCUGCAUUCCUGGCCUUCAACUGUGCCCACUCUGUGCCACAUCCUGGACAUGCCCAUGUUCACCCAUUGUGUCUUCUAUGGAUCCUGGGGCCCCUGUGUGCCCCUGAUAUCAGCACCUAGCACCCACAACAUUUGCUAGCUGCUGUCAGUGUGCUCUCCAUAUACAAGUCCUGUAGGAGCAGAUCUGAGGGCUUCCUGGCAUUGCCAGCUGGGCUGUGCAUGCUUGCUUCCUUUGCCUCUGAACUCCAGCUUCCCAACUCUUCCAGUGACAUUUCUUGGCUGGUACACGUAGCCCAUCCGCAGAGGACAUGGAGAGGAUGUGUGGAUACUCAUGGUGGCCUCUUGGACUGGUCUUCUUGGUACAUUGGGCAGCAGGAGAUACAGGGAGCAAAGCCAAGAGCUGUGAAUCGGUGAGACAGGUGUACAGUGCCAAGGGCUUUAACCUCAAUGGGGUACCCCAGUCAGAGAUCUCAGGUGAGCAUCUGAGGAUCUGUCCACAAGGCUACACCUGCUGCACCUCGGAGAUGGAGGAAAACUUUGCCAAUAUCAGCAAAUUAGAGUUUGACAACUCACUGCGAGACUCCAGCCUGUCAGUGCAAAGCCUGCUCAUCUUACAGAACAAGAACUUUGAUAGAUACUUCCAGGACCUGUUGAAUAAGUCGGAGCAGACGCUCCUGGAGACUUUCCCUAGCCGUUAUGGGGAGCUGUACAGCCAGAACGAUGGGAAGAUUUUCAAAGACUUGUAUUCAGAGCUGCGUCAGUAUUACCGCGGCUCUGGAGUUAACUUAGAGGAGGCAUUGACAGAGUUCUGGAGCCACCUGCUGGAGCGUGUCUUCAAGGCACAGAACCCCCAGGUCACUUUUUCCUACGAGUAUUUGGACUGUUUAGCUAAGCAGUAUGACCAGCUUAAGCCAUUUGGGGACAUUCCAAGGGAAAUGAAGCUAAAAGCCACCAGGGCAUUUAUUGCUGCCCGUUCAUUUGUCCAAGGACUAGCAGCUGCUGCAGACAUAGUCAAGAAAGUCACCCAGGUUCCUAUGAGCAGAGAAUGCACACGCGAAGUCAUGAAACUGUUGUACUGUCCAUUGUGUCGGGGCCAUGCUAAUACAAAACUGUGCGAUAACUACUGCUGGAAUGUCAUGCAGGGAUGUCUGGCUAAUCAGGCAGAUUUGGACUCUGAAUGGAGAAAUCUGAUUGAGUCUUUAUUGCUAGUUGCGGGCAAGUUUAAUGGAGCUGCUGGAGUGGAGUACAUUGUGGGAACCAUCCAUACAAAGGUUUCUGAUGCUAUAAUCUACAUGCAGGAGAACAAGGAUUUAAUAACCAACAAGUUGUUUAAAAGUUGUGGAAACCCCAAAAAGGGUGGCAAGACUCCCAAAGCAGAGGAGAGACGGAGAAAGGGAAAGGCUGCCCAGGAAGAUAAAUCUACAGUGCCCAGCAUGGAAAACCUGGUAUUAGAUGUAAAAGCGACACUCAGUGACAUUCAGGAUUACUGGAUAUCAUUACCAAAUUUAUUCUGCAAUGAAAAGACAAUUGCUGGUCAAGGCAAUGAAGACAAGUGCUGGAAUGGAAUGGCCCGAGCUAGGUACAUGCCAGAACGGAUGGGCAGUGGCCUUGCCAACCAAAUAAAUAACCCUGAGAUUGAUGUAGAUAUUACCAAGCCUGAUAUGACCAUCCGUCAGCAGAUCAUGCAGCUGAAAAUCAUGACAAAUCGUCUCCGCAAUGCCUACAAUGGAAAUGAUGUGGACUUUCAGGACACAAGUGAUGACAUCAGCGGAUCAGGAAGUGGAGACGGCUGCACUGACAGCGUCUGCGUCAAAACAUCAUCAGGAGAUGCUUCCGUAGUUCACACACAGACACAUAUCACUCACAAUUCCAAAUCAUCAGAAGAGACAGAAAACAGUGCUUACCUUCACUCAUGGAGCCGCCUUCUGCUUGCCGUGGCUUUGCUUGUGGCAUUUUCUGCCCGAUGGUAACUUCUGUGAAUUUCAUAUAAAAGGGAAUGAUGUUUACUUCACCCUGUCCAAAUAAACUCGACCUUCUCAGUUUGGAUGUAGAUGACAAUGGAAAGGGAGCGAGUGCUGGAGAUUAGGCCUCUAUAACACUGUGUUCUUCUACAGGCUCACAAUGUCUCCAUACCUGUACAUUUUUUGUAAUUGUGUGUAUUUUAUUUUCAGAUACAGAUAAACCUUAUUGGGCUGUUUUUUUAUUUUUUAUUCUUUGAUUGAUAGCACAAUAUUGUUAUAAGUGGCAUAAAGCCGCACUAAUACAGUGUCUCUUUUCUAAGAUUACAAAAAUAAAAUAUGUGGAAAAAUGUAAAAUAUUUAUUAGUGCAACUACACACAUUUCUCUGCCUAUAGAACUGACAGAUUCAGAGAAGCAUUGUAUGUAGUUUUCUUUAUGUUUCUAUAUAAAGAAGGUUUCUCUUUAUUUCUGUCACCAGGCAUGAUUUUGUGGAGAGGCAUCUUGUCACCACAGAUUUUGUUUAGUCUAUUGAAGCAGUUGUCCUAGUACAAGAGGUUAAUAGACUGUACAUAAGGAAAUGGAAAAGAGCGCUUGCUUACUUAUUCAGUAUUGUAGUCAUCUGCAUCACAAAACUGUAAACACAGACUGAGAGCUGGUUCCCCGGGAAGAGAGCUCUGCUCUGCUUCUCACUUGCUAUUGACUAGUGCUUAAUAGGCCUCAGCCAAUGAACUUCUGACUGCUCCCCUCCCUGCGCUGCAGCCAAUCAUCUUCAGACUUAUCCCCUCCCUCCACUGCACCAAGUGACCUGAAGACUCCUUCCAUCCCUCUGCUGCAGCCAGUGAUCUGCAGAAUUCUCCCAUCCCUCUGCUGCAGCCAGUGAUCUGCAGAAUUAUCCCAUCCCUCUGCUGCAGCCAGUGAUCUGCAGAAUUAUCCCAUCCCUCUGCUGCAGCCAGUGAUCUGCAAAAUUCUCCCAUCCCUCUGCUGCAGCCAGUGAUCUGCAGAAUUAUCCCCUCCUUCCACUGCAGCCAAUGAUCUGCAGACUUCUCCACUCCCUCCACUGCAGCAAGUAACCUGAAGACCCCUCCCUCUGCUUCAGCCAAUGAUAUAGAGAUUCCUACACUGCAGCCAAUGAUCUUCAGAUUUUUUCUAUCCUGCAGCCAAUGAUUUGCACACUUCACUUCUCUCUCCGCUGUAGCCAAUAAUCCUCAGACUCCUCUUCUCCCUCUGCUGCAGCCAAUGAUCUGCAGACUUCUUCCGCUGCAGCCAAUGAUUUUCACACUUCUCCCCUCUCUCUGCUGUAGCCAGUAAUCUGCAGACUCCUUUUCUCCUCCUAAUGCAGCCAAUGAUCUUCAGACUCCUUCCCUUUCCUAUGCUAAAGCCAACGAUCUGUAGGCUUCUCACCUCGCUCUGCUGCAGCCAAUCAUCUUCAGACUCAUGCCCUCCCUCUGCUGCAGCCAACAGUCUACAGACUUAUUUCUUCCAUUGCAGCCAAUGAUCUGCAGAGUUCUCCACUCCUCCUGCUGCAACCAAUGAUCUGCAGACUUCUCCCCUCCUCCUGCUGCAACCAAUGAUCUGCAGACUUCUCCCCUCCUCCUGCUGCAACCAAUGAUCUGCAGACUUCUCCCCUCCCUCCGCUGUAGCCAAUGAUCUACAACCUCUUCCCCUCCCUCCGCUGUAGCCAAUGAUGUACAGCCUAAUCCCCUCCCUUUGCUACAGUAAAUGAUCUGCAGACUUUUUCUCUCCCUCCGCUGCAGCCAAUAAUCUGCAGACUCCUCCCCUUCCUCUGCUGCAGCCAAUGAUCUGCAGAACACUCCACUCCUUCUCUUGCUGUGUUAGUUUGUAUCAUUGUUAGAGACAGGACUGACAAGAGAUUGACAAGGGCAACUCAGGGGAGGCAAUGUAAACUUAUUUUGCUACUACUACUGAGAAAUCACCCAGCUUUACUUACUUACAAUAUUAACAAAUUCAUAGAGUGACUGUACAAACCUGUAUUCAUUUUAUGGUUCAAGUAGAACUAUGGGCAAAAAAUAAAUAAAUACAUAUACUUUGUCAAUAGCAUUAUCACAACAGUUUUUUGGGGUCUUUCACAUUCAUGGGGCCUUCUGAAGAGCGAUCCAUGUGUGGGUCGCUUUUAAGAGGGCAUUUGACAGGUAGUGAAGAGGCGUUGUAUGGUUUCCUCACCGCCUGAUUUAACCCUGUAAUGCUGCAAUUGCAUGCAUUGCACAUGGUCACAGCACAGCCCCAAUGAACUCAAUGGGUGAGUUUAUCAAGUGCUGCAAGUCAAGUUAAAAAAAGCCACGGCUGCAAAGGAAAUCGCCAUGGCAUGUGUACAGCCCUGCCUGGCCGUACUGGGUGAGCAGCAGGGGGGCAGUAAAGCUGCAGCUCGGUCAGCCAUUUUUUAGUUCCCCGCAGUGGCUGUCUGAAAGAGCCCAAACAUAGUUUAAUUGCCUGUUGACCUUGCCAAAAGAUUCAAUAUUUUUCUACUUUCUGUAACAGGCCACGUUGUCCAGAGGCAGUUACAGUGUUGGGUGAAAUCAUAUUACACUGGCAGGGAUGUUUACAACAGCUUUUAUAUUUAUGGUUUAAACCUUUUUUUUCAAAAGUAGAAUCCCCCUGAGGAAGCCAUGUGCCCUGUGAUGAACGCAAAGGGGGAAGGGCUUGGAUGAUGUCACAGUGCUUGAUUUUACAUGACAACUGUUGCUGUAACUGCUUACAAAGUUUUAUCUAGAGUUUUUUUUUUUUUUGUCUUGUAUGUUUUUUUAAGUCCACUGAAAACUACAAUGUCCAUCUAAGACCAUCCUGUCACCCAUGUCAGGAAGUGGAACAACAAUUUACAGAAUUAACAAGUGGUAAAACAGGGGUGACUGCUUAAUUUUGCCCAUAGUUCCGCUUGCAGUACAUUUGGAAAAUUGACUUUGCUGGGUACAAGACAUAAGCAGCGAACGAUAUGCACACUUUUUGUUAUCUGGUGACAUGGGGGUUACCAAUAUUUGCUGCCUUCUGUUGCUAAACUGGGUUAAUUUGGACAAUUUUGUAUUAACAGAUUUGGAGAAAUGUAGGGAUUUCUCUGGUCUAGGACCAACGUGUAAAUUUGCUUGUUGACAUAAAAAUGAUUUUGUGAUUUGUUUCUAAUUUAACCAAACAUAUCACUGAUUCAAACUAUCGAAAUAAAAAUGUAAUAUAAUCUUAAUAAACAGGCAUUUUUAUGCUUUACAAAAUAGGUAGUA